AUGGAGACUUUGUACAGCAUACCAUUCACUGUGCUCGAAUGCCCUAAUGUGAAGCUGAAGAAGCCGUCUUGGGUGCAUAUGCCGUCCGCCAUGACCGUUUACGCGGUGGUCAUCGUUUCCUAUUUUCUCAUCACUGGAGGUAUCAUCUAUGACGUCAUUGUGGAGCCGCCGAGCGUGGGUUCGAUGACCGAUGAGCAUGGACAUCAGCGGCCCGUGGCGUUUUUGGCAUACAGGGUUAACGGCCAGUACAUCAUGGAGGGCUUGGCUUCCAGCUUCCUCUUCACAAUGGGGGGCCUGGGCUUCAUCAUCCUGGAUCGCUCCAACGCACCCAACAUCCCCAAGCUCAACCGCUUCCUACUGCUCUUCAUCGGCUUCGUCAGCGUCAUCCUCAGCUUCUUCAUGGCCAGAGUGUUCAUGCGCAUGAAGUUGCCUGGAUACCUGAUGGGAUGA